CUGAUUUGGUGGAAAGACAACAAAAAUAGGACAUGGGAGAUAGGGAAGGUGAUAACCUGGGGAAGAGGUUUUGCUUGUGUUUCACCAGGAGAAAAUCAGCUUCCUGUUUGGAUACCCACUAGACAUUUGAAGUUCUACAAUGAACCCAUCGGAGAUGCAAAGGAAAGUGCCUCCACGGAGACGGAAACACCGCAAUCAGGCACCAUUGAUUCGCAGGAUGAAUCAAGUGGUGAUAUUAGAAAAACAGAUGAAGUCACCACGCACCAAGAAGGCGGAGCUGCCAACCUGGGCACAGUUAAAGAAGCUGACACUGUUAGCUAGAAAAAGCCUAGCUAGCACAAAGGUGACACAAACCUCAGAAAAAAUGCUGUUUGCAGCUUUAAUGGUUGUAUCAACGGUGUGUGCCGGACCAGUCGAAGAAUCCUGCGCCAAAAUCGAGAGAACGAACAAGCCUUCAUCGCCAUGGCACAUUUAUAUAGAGGAAAAGGGAGGGAGAAUGUUGCGGGAAGUCAGGGACCUUGAACUGAGGGACUGGCUGAAGCCACAGCAGAAAAGCAUAAAAUAUGAAGAUUUCAUGGACAUUUUAUUAGUUUUCCAAACUUUAUACUUUUGUAAUAUCUUAUGUCUUUACUUUAAUCUCUUAAUCCCAUCAUCUUCUUUGUAAGCUGAGGAGGAUAUAUGUCACCUCAGGACCCUGUGAUGAUUGCCUUAACAACACAAAUUGUUUGUAAAGGACGUGUGUUUGAACAAUACGAAAACUGGGCAUCUUGAAAAAAAAAAAAAAAGAACGAGAUAACAGUGGUGUUCAGGAAACAAGGGAGGUAACCUUAAACUGGCCGCCGGUGAGCCAGACGGAACAGAGCCAUAUCUUUUCCUUUUGCACACAAAUAGGAGAGAUAUCGCUGAAUUCUUUUUUUCAGCAAGGAAUAUCCCUGAGAAAGAGAAUGCGCUCUGAGGGUAGGCCUAUAAACGACCCCCUUGGAGGCGUGCCGCCUUUUACGGUUGAAGCCGAAGGGAUGAAAUAAGCCCCGGCCUCCUGUAGUGCUCCCAGGCUUAUUAGGAUGAGGAAAUUCCCACCUAAUAAAUUUUGGCCAGUCAGGUUGUCUGCUCUCAAACCCUAUUUCCUGAUAAAAUGUUAUCAAUGACUAUGCGU